AUGCAUGAAACCCAGGCUGGUACCCCUCAGUCUCAACAUGGCCCACCACAAGGCGGCACCCCUCAGCCAAGCCAAUCUUCACAACCGCCGUCAACUCAUCCCCCUCAAUCCCAGGGAGCUCCAUCUCAAGCCACUCCCAAUCCCCAGCCACAGCAGCUACCACCUCAGCAGCAACCCGGCCAACAACCAGGACAACCCGGUCAGCAGCAACAGCAACAGCAAGGCCCUCAGAGUCAACAAACGACCCCGCAAAAUCCGCAAGCGUUGGCCGCACAGCGAGAGCAACAGAUGAAAGUGCAGCAAAAUGCGAUACUGCUACAACGGAUGAACAGGCAGUACAAUAGUCCAGCCUUGAUUCUCAAUAGCUAUGCGGAACACCUCAGUGCUUUCCAGAGUCGCGGUGAAGCUCUUGAUCUCGCAUAUUGGACGGCUUUCGUCGAUCGUUUCUUUUCGCCGAUGGGUGUAUUGCGCCAGGGAAUUUGGAACAGCCAGACUGGAUCGAAGAUAUUCGAAAUUUCAACCCCAGCCCUGGCUAGAUAUUAUCUGACCCAAUUCACCAGCGGCAUACGCCACAUCCAGAUGAUUGUCGAGGGUGCCACUGAAUGUGAAGGUGUCAACGGCGGUCACGUGGUUGAUAGUGGACGUACCUCUUUCAUUUACUGGUACACAAAUGAAAGCCAGGUCUUCACUCACGGAACUCUUCGGGCCAGUUUUGAUAUGAACAACAAGAUUGAGUUGCUUAACAUCAGCGUCCAGAGUCAUAAUGAAUAUAUCCCCCGCAGCGUGCUUCAGCAGUCCCUGGAUACUAUGGAGCAGAAGCAAAGCCCCAAACUCGCGAAGAGUGCAGCCAAGAGAGCACAGAAACAAACACAAUCAAUAGUCUUGCCCGAGUCUAUGGUGACCUCAAAUGGUGUUCCUGGUGCCGUCAUCCAAUUCUUGGAGGUGGCCGAAACGAUGUCACAGAUGCAAUUGCUCUUCAACUUUUCCAGCCAGAACCCCCACCUACCCGCCAACGAUGCUCUCCGAGGGCUUGUCAGCAAUUUCCAUCAGACUCCUCCGAACCCCAAUCAAACCUUCCAAAACCCCAUGGCCGCUGGAAUGCAGGCUAUGGGCCGUAACCCUACUAUGGGACCCCCUUCGCAAUUCGCAUCUCCUGCAAUGGCUCAUCUUGGCCUGCCUGGGGGCCAAGGCUCGCCCCACCUGACUGGUUCAGCUCACGCGAGUCCUGCUCAGAGUCAGCUUUCUGGUCCGCCUGGUAUGCAGGUUCAACCAUCUCCGGCUGGUGUGAAUAACAGUCCUAAUGUCGGAGGCAACAAACGCCGGCGAGCUAGUACGGUGAAGCAAGAGAAUGACGAGUCCCAGGGCGAAGUCAAUGGGAAUGCGCCUGGGUCAGGCAAAGUGAAAGCUAGCCCCCGGGUGCCUAAGCGACAGAAGGGAGCAGCGUCUUAA